AUGACUUUGAAUGGCGGCGGCAGCGGAGCUGGCGGGAGCCGCGGCGGGGGCCAGGAGCGCGAGCGCCGUCGGGGCAGCACACCCUGGGGCCCGGCGCCCCCUUUGCAUCGCCGAAGCAUGCCGGUGGACGAGCGCGAUCUGCAGGCGGCGCUGGCUCCGGGCGCCCUGGCAACGGCGGGGACCCGGGUCCAGGGUCCAAGGCUAGAUUGGCCCGAGGGCUCAUCCGACUCCCUGAGCUCCGGGGGCAGCGACUCAGACGAGAGUGUGUACAAGGUGCUGCUGCUGGGGGCGCCUGGUGUGGGCAAGAGCGCCCUGGCCCGCAUCUUCGGUGGUGUAGAAGAAGGACCAGAGGCCGAGGCCGCAGGGCACACGUAUGAUCGCUCCAUCAUGGUGGACGGAGAAGAGGCCUCCCUCUUGGUCUACGACAUUUGGGAGCAGGACGGGGGCCGCUGGCUGCCUGGCCACUGCAUGGCCAUGGGGGACGCAUACGUCAUUGUGUACUCUGUGACGGACAAGAGCAGCUUUGAGAAGGCCUCGGAACUUCGGGUUCAGCUGCGACGGGCGCGGCAGACAGACGACGUGCCCAUCAUCCUCGUGGGCAACAAGAGUGACCUGGUGCGCUCUCGUGAGGUCUCCGUGGAUGAGGGCCGGGCUUGUGCAGUGGUCUUCGACUGCAAGUUUAUUGAGACGUCAGCCGCGCUGCACCACAACGUCCAGGCGCUGUUUGAGGGCAUCGUUCGCCAGAUACGCCUCCGCAGGGACAGCAAAGAGGCCAAUGCUCGGCGGCAGGCAGGCACCCAGCGACGAGAGAGUCUUGGCAAGAAGGCAAAACGCUUCUUGGGCCGCAUUGUAGCUCGCAACAGCCGCAAGAUGGCCUUUCGGGCCAAGUCCAAGUCCUGUCAUGACCUCUCGGUUCUCUAG